AUGGUGUUGCUUGCUGUGCUGUGUGCAGACCCAGGGUCGUGGAGGUACCGCUACAGCCCAGAGAGGCUGAAGAAGGCUGUAUCCUGCCAGGCUGAAGACUCUUCCGCAGAGGGGAGACACGGACACAGGACAUCAGGUGAGUUAGUUCCUUCCACCCCUGCACAUAGUAAAACAAUGUUUUGUUUUAUGGAAAACACUAAAGCCAUCUCAUCCCGCUCGAUAGGUUCCACUUGCCCCUCAGUCCUACGGUCUGAAAUUAUUUUUAACGCCACUCCUUGGUUAGAUGUUUUUUUGGUUGCGUCUCAGAAGCUCAUUGUUUGUGUGAUAUCUGUCCAUGAGAGUACUGUAUGUUUGCCACAAAUAUAUUCACUAUGCUUCAACCAUGUCUUUUUUACAUUUUAAGAACCAGGGAAAAGGAUUGUGAGGAAAACCAAAGGUAAGGCAACAGUGAUGCCACUAAUUGACUUAUCAUUGCUGUCUUGUUAAAGAGGUCCCUGUUAAAGAGGUCCUUGUUAUUCAUUAUCAUUAUGAGAUUUGUAUGUUAAAUGAAGAUUGAGACUAGAUUAACAGACAGGCAGCUGGCCUGGCUCAUAACCCUGGAGCCACUGCUGCUAUGAUUCAGGUUCCCUGUUGCCCGUACUGAGUCUCUGUAUUCACCCCAUACUGUCAUUCUGCCCUAGAUAGACCCCUGGACAGCCAGAUCAAAAGGCCAGUCCUCCACUCUCUCAACCCCACACCCCACUCUGCCCUAGAUCACCCAUAAUGCUGUUAAUUAUGGGCCAUAUUACUGAAAGGCUUUGUCAUGCAGGAGUUCUUUUCAAUAGUCAAAUUCAGUCCUGGCUUUAGAUCUGUGGCUCACGCUGCUCUCAUGCAUUCUAAUUGACCCGUAAUGAAAGGGCAGUGAUGGGAGAGAAUAGAGGGGGAGAGAGAGGUGAUAAUGGUUAUAUGAACAGCAGCAAUAAGUUGGGAAAUAAAUAAGUGUGGUUAGGUUAUAUUAAAGACUAAUGGGUUUGGGAGGAAACUAUGUCUCUGUGUGUCUUCGUCAGUCAGUCAGUCUGCCAGUCUGCCAUGGCGGUGCAGUCAGCCUCGUUAUCUCUGCUGAUUUAAAUAUAGAGCAACAAAGGGAUAAACUAAGUACCCCUGUCUUGUCUCUCUGGCGUGUUUACGCCCUCUCAAAUCAAUUUGGCUACGAACCUAAUGAAGUUGUCAUUUUCUUGUUCUUCGUCUUCCUUAGUCAGAGAGUCAGAAAGGAGGCAUUUCUCAUUCACAGUUUAUCCAAUUAACUUGCCAGUGCUCAGAUAUUAUUAGUGUGUUGACAGUAUGAUAUAUAUAAAUCUAGUUUCUUGUAGUGGCAGCAUUGUUGACGUUCUCCUUUCAUUUUCUCCUCUUCAUUUUCUUCUCCUGACUUGCAGCCAUUUUGAAGGUAAGCUUCCCAAUGAUGAAAGUACAUUUUCCCCUGCCAUGUUUUUUCUCCUCUGUGCAGAAAAUAGAAAUCGGUUGACUCAGUUCAAUGUGGUCCUGGGAGAUGUUGUUCUCACAGGUUUGACACUGACUCAGCAAGGUUUUUUCUGCAUUUCCAUUCAGAGACAAAUUAAUCCAAGUAGAGGAACUGCUACUCUAAGCUGUAUUGGGCUGAACCAUAUUGUGUUAAUAAAGGCAGAGGUUUCCGUCUCAGGGUUUUGUUGAUUAGUGAUGUGUCCACAACGUGGGGCGCACAGCAUGCUGGCUUGGCAUGAUCACAUUGUUGUACCUUCAUAUCUCAUGCCGUGCUAAAGCAGUCACAGUGAUACCAUCCUUUUCAACACCUUGCAAUUACAUUAAAAAAGGAACACCUCUAUGCUGGCCUCGCAAUAACACCUCAACUCUCUGUGACUUCAAGCUACAGCACGCAGACAGUGAAGGUGCUCUUCUGGGGGACAGGCGUUCCCUGCAGCCAGCUGCUAGUGUCAGUAUGCUGGGCUCCAGUCUAGGCGAGCCUGAGGCUGAGAGGCCUAGUGUGCUGGAAGCCCAGGAGGAGCUAGGCCGCAGGAGGGACUCUCUGGAGCAGCUGAGUCCCAGUGAGGACCCUAAGCCAGGGUCCCUACCCUGCCAGGGGGGCACUGAGCAGCAGGAGGAGGAGACUGAGGAGGAGAAGGGGGAGAUAAACACAGAUAUUCUGAUGGAGGAUGACCAGGUAGCCGACUUUUCCAGCUCCAUGCUGGCAGCCAUCUCCUGCUGGCACUAUAGGGCCAGGGCUUUGCUUUCCGCUCGGUUCACAACGGUGAGGCUCACUGCCACCAAUGGGUUUCCUAUUUCCUCUGCAAUUUCACCGGCUUGCCAAUCAACCAUCUCCCUCUCUGUUUACUUCGACCUUGAUGUAAUUCACUAAAACCCAGCUACCAUUUGCCAUAUUCAUGGAAUGCUUCUGGUUUUCACACUCACAAUAACUGCAUGGACUAAACCUUCCAGGAAUGGUAACAAAAAUCAGUAGCAUGGAAAUCUGGUCACUGGAGAUCAGAUUUAUGAUUCAUAAUUUUUGUGUCUUCAUUGAAUGUUGGGGAAAAUGUGACGGCAUUAUGUACAUUAUAAACAUAGAUUUGAUGUGUUCAAGUCCUUAAAGGGCUUGGUAUGGUUUGAAUUUGAGGUUUUUCGAAUGGAAUGGUUAAUAGUGAUGGUGGGAAAAAUCUAUAGUUACAUCGCAAUUAUUAUUUUGGAUGAUAUUAUAUUGAUACUUUGACUAAAAGUAUGGAUUUUUGUUUAAAAAAAAUUGCUAGGUAGCCUUAGCUAGCUCUAGUCGGCUGUACCUGCGCCAAAACUCCGGUAUUUUUCAUCCUAUAGCUUGUUCUCAAUUUUUUUAAAUAGUGAGCCAACAUGUUUUCAGAAUUUUUAUUUCCAUGACUGAUCAAAACAAAUGCUCUCUCGUCUCUCUGCAGCAGACAUAUAGUGAGCAGUAUGUUUGGAACAUCAUAUUGCAGUAUUGAAUCGCAAUACAUAUAGAAUCGUGAGAAUUGCAAUACGUAUCGUAUCGGCACCUAAGUAUUGUGAUAAUAUCGUAUCAUGAGGUCUCUGGCAAUUCCCAGCCCUAAUGGUUAACAUGCACACUACCAUGCUUUUCUCUCUUGUGUUGCGGGGAGUUACAGUCCCAAAACAUUGUAAGGCAAAAAAAAAUUGGCAAAGCCUCCAGCCACCCAGAGCGCCAAGUCUAGGUCUAAAAGGCUUCUUAACAGCUUCUACCCCCAAGCCAUAAGACUGCUGAACAAUUAAUUAAAUUGCUACCCGGACUAUUUGCAUUGACACUGCUGCUACUUGCUGUUUUACUAUCUAUGCAUAGUCACUUUACCCCUACCUACAUGUAUAUAUUACCUCCCCACAUUGACUCGGUACCGGUACCCCCUGUAUAUAGCCUUGUUAUUGUUAUUAUGUUAUUGUUAUUUUAUUGUGCCACUUUUACUUUCGUUUAUUUAGUAAAUCAAAUCACAUUUUAUUUGUCACAUGCGCCAAAUACAACAGGUGUAGACCUUACUGUGAAAUGCUUACUUACAAGCCCUUAACCAACAAUGCAGUUCAAGAAAUAGUUAAGAAAAUAUUUACUAAAUAAACUAAAGUAAAAUAUUAAAAGUAACAAUAAAAUAACAAUAACGAGGCUAUAUAUUUUUUCUUAAAACUGCAUUGUUGGUUAAGGGCUUGUAAGAAAGCAUUGUGCAUGUGACAAAUACAAUUUUAUUUGAAAAUCAACAUUGUAGAAAAAACAAGUUAGCAAUUAGCCUUGUGCUUAUUUGGCGGGUGCAUUUGCAUUGAAUCAAUGGAUUCACAGAGCUUAUGUAUGACUUCAAAGGUGAAUUUGGCUGUCAAAUCGGGGAGUAAGGACAAUGGGUGCUUUGGUCUUCACAUUAGUUAAAAGGUUUCCUUUCUGAUUUUUCCAAAACUACAGAGGAGCUUUGUAAAGGUUAAUUGCUGUAAUGGCAUUAAAAUGGCUUGAACGUUGAACACCUUGUAAUAUGAAUGUCAGCUGUCUAUAUACAGUGGGGGAAAAAAGUAUUUAGUCAGCCACCAAUUGUGCACGUUCUCCCACUUAAAAAGAUGAGAGAGGCCUGUCAUUUUCAUCAUAGGUACACGUCAACUAUGACAGACAAAUUGAGAAAAGAAAAUCCAGAAAAUCACAUUGUAGGAUUUUUAAUGAAUUUAUUUGCAAAUUAUGGUGGAAAAUAAGUAUUUGGUCACCUACAAACAAGCAAGAUUUCUGGCUCUCACAGACCAGUAACUUCUUCUUUAAGAGGCUCCUCUGUCCUCCACUCAUUACCUGUAUUAAUGGCACCUGUUUGAACUUAUUAUCAGUAUAAAAGACACCUGUCCACAACCUCAAACAGUCACACUCCAAACUCCACUAUGGCCAAGACCAAAGAGCUGUCAAAGGACACCAGAAACAAAAUUGUAGACCUGCACCAGGCUGGGAAGACUGAAUCUGCAAUAGGUAAGCAGCUUGGUUUGAAGAAAUCAACUGUGGGAGCAAUUAUUAGGAAAUGGAAGACAUACAAGACCACUGAUAAUCUCCCUCGAUCUGGGGCUCCACGCAAGAUCUCACCCCGUGGGGUCAAAUGGUCACAAGAACGGUGAGCAAAAAUCCCAGAACCACACGGGGGGACCUAGUGAAUGACCUGCAGAGAGCUGGGACCAAAGUAACAAAGCCUACCAUCAGUAACACACUACGCCACCAGGGACUCAAAUCCUGCAGUGCUAGACGUGUCCCCCUGCUUAAGCCAGUACAUGUCCAGGCCCGUCUGAAGUUUGCUAGAGUGCAUCCAGAAGAGGAUUGGGAGAAAGUCAUAUGGUCAGAUGAAACCAAAAUAUAACUCUUUGGCAAAAACUCAACUUGUCGUGUUUGGAGGACAAAGAAUGCUGAGUUGCAACCAAAGAACACCAUACCUACUGUGAAGCAUGGGAGUGAAAACAUCAUCCUUUGGGGCUGUUUAUCUGCAAAGGGACCAGGACGACUGAUCCGUGUAAAGGAAAAAUGAAUGGGGCCAUGUAUCGUGAGAUUUUGAGUGAAAACCUCCUUCCAUCAGCAAGGGCAUUGAAGAUGAAACGUGGCUGGGUCUUUCAGCAUGACAAUGAUCCCAAACACACCGCCCGGGCAACGAAGGAGUGGCUUCGUAAGAAGCAUUUCAAGGUCCUGGAGUCUCCAGAUCUCAACCCCAUAGAAAAUCUUUGGAGGGAGUUGAAAGUCCGUGUUGCCCAGCGACAGCCCCAAAACAUCACUGCUCUAGAGGAGAUCUGCAUGGAGGAAUGGGCCAAAAUACCAGCAACAGUGUGUGAAAACCUUGUGAAGACUUACAGAAAACGUUUGACCUGUGUCAUUGCCAACAAAGGGUAUAUAAGAAAGUAUUGAGAAACUUUUGAUAUUGACCAAAUACUUAUUUUCCACCAUAAUUUGCAAAUAAAUUCAUUAAAAAUCAUACAAUGUGAUUUUCUGGAUUUUUUUUUCUCAUUUUGUCUGUAUAAUGGUGUCCCAGUGGGGGAAAAAAAUAUUUAGUCAGCCACCAAUUGUGCAAGUUCUCCCACUUAAAAAGAUGAGAGAGGCCUGUAAUUUUCAUCAUAGGUACACGUCAACUAUGACAGACAAAAUGGGAAAAGAAAAUCCAGAAAAUCACAUUGUAGGAUUUUUAAUGAAUUUAUUUGCAAAUUAUGGUGGAAAAUAAGUAUUUGGUCAAUAACAAAAGUUUCUCAAUACUUUGUUAUAUACCCUUUGUUGGCAAUGACACAGGUCAAACGUUUUCUGUAAGUCUUCACAAGGUUUUCACACACUGUUGCUGGUAUUUUGGCCCAUUCCUCCAUGCAGAUAUCCUCUAGAGCAGUGAUGUUUUGGGGCUGUCGCUGGGCAACACAGACUUUCAACUCCCUCCAAAGAUUUUCUAUGGGGUUGAGAUCUGGAGACUGGCUAGGCCACUCCAGGACCUUGAAAUGCUUCUUACGAAGCCACUCCUUCGUUGCCCGGGCGGUGUGUUUGGGAUCAUUGUCAUGCUGAAAGACCCAGCCACGUUUCAUCUUCAAUGCCCUUGCUGAUGGAAGGAGGUUUUCACUCAAAAUCUCAUGAUACAUGGCCCCAUUCAUUCUUUCCUUUACACGGAUCAGUCGUCCUGGUCCCUUUGCAGAAAAACAGCCCCAAAGCAUGAUGUUUCCACCCCCAUGCUUCACAGUAGGUAUGGUGUUCUUUGGAUGCAACUCAGCAUUCUUUGUCCUCCAAACACGACGAGUUUAGUUUUUACCAAAAAGUUAUAUUUUGGUUUCAUCUGACCAUAUGACAUUCUCCCAAUCCUCUUCUGGAUCAUCCAAAUGCACUCUAGCAAACUUCAGACGGGCCUGGACAUGUACUGGCUUAAGCAGGGGGACACGUCUGCACUGCAGGAUUUGAGUCCCUGGCGGCGUAGUGUGUUACUGAUGGUAGGCUUUGUUACUUUGGUCCCAGCUCUCUGCAGGUCAUUCACUAGGUCCCCCCGUGUGGUUCUGCGAUUUUUGCUCACCGUUCUUGUGAUCAUUUUGACCCCACGGGGUGAGAUCUUGCGUGGAGCCCCAGAUCGAGGGAGAUUAUCAGUGGUCUUGUAUGUCUUCCAUUUCCUAAUAAUUGCUCCCACAGUUGAUUUCUUCAAACCAAGCUGCUUACCUAUUGCAGAUUCAGUCUUCCCAGCCUGGUGCAGGUCUACAAUUUUGUUUCUGGUGUCCUUUGACAGCUCUUUGGUCUUGGCCAUAGUGGAGUUUGGAGUGUGACUGUUUGAGGUUGUGGACAGGUGUCUUUUAUACUGAUAACAAGUUCAAACAGGUGCCAUUAAUACAGGUAACGAGUGGAGGACAGAGGAGCCUCUUAAAGAAGAAGUUACAGGUCUGUGAGAGCCAGAAAUCUUGCUUGUUUGUAGGUGACCAAAUAAUUAUUUUCCAGUCUGUGUUGCCCAGCGACAGCCCCAAAACAUCACUGCUCUAGAGGAGAUCUGCAUGGAGGAAUGGGCCAAAAUACCAGCAACAGUGUGUGAAAACCUUGUGAAGACUUACAGAAAACGUUUGACCUGUGUCAUUGCCAACAAAGGGUAUAUAACAAAGUAUUGAGAAACUUUUGUUAUUGACCAAAUACUUAUUUUCCACCAUAAUUUGCAAAUAAAUUCAUUAAAAAUCCUACAAUGUGAUUUUCUGGAUUUUCUUUUCUCAUUUUGUCUGUCAUAGUUGACGUGUACCUAUGAUGAUAAAUUACAGGCCUCUCUCAUCUUUUUAAGUGGGAGAACAUGCACAAUUGGUGGCUGACUAAAUACUUUUUUCCCCCACUGUAACUGUCACACAGGUGCUUUAAAACCAAAUGCAAAUCAGUGUUGCCCAGCUUGUGACUGUCUGGAACCAGAUGAUAGAGAAAUGUCUCAUGUGAUACUCCACUGUAUGGAUUUGGCCAUGUAAGACCCAGUGUUCAUCCUAAACAUGCUGCAGUCCCUUUCAUGUUGUGUUUUGCUACCCCAGGAUGAAGAACACUGUGAGGUUGUAGAUAAGAAUGGACCCAUCGGGGAGAGGAUGGAGAUAUCAGCCCAGGAGAUCAGUGAGAUGGCUACAGAGGAGACCUUCACUGACCAGGUAUGGAGAGUUUGGACUGGCUGGGUCAAAGUUAAGAUGAUCUUGGCACCCAGAACCAAAUCUGUCACAUGAGACUAGGCUUCAAGAGAUUCUGAACGGAUGAAUGUUUUCUGUUCUUGUACUGUAUAUAUCUCUUAAAUAUAGGCAAUGCUAACAGAAAAGUCUUAAUCUUUUGCGGGAAUGGGAAUUAGGGAAGACUGGUAGGUGUCCCAAAAUGGAUCUGUUCAGAUAAGUUCUAAUAUGACUAGGGGGUUGUGUAUUUAUGCCCUGUAAAUGAGAACGCCCCUUCCUCCAUGCUGUUGCCCCCUGUCAUUUUGAUAGAUCCUGCGUCUCCUGGGUGCUCUGUGGGACGUCUGCUGCCGAGUGUAACAAGUUGUAUUCAUCCCUCCCUUAUCUCCUUCCCGCAGCUCCCACUGCAUACCCCAACACACACACACACUCCGCCACAGCCAGACUGCAGCUGGAAAUUUGUCUGUUAUAACUGCACACUGGCAUCCAAAUUGUUGAAAUGUAAAACUGUUAAAAAAAGACUUUUAAAAAGUGCUACAUUUUACAGCAGAGUUCAGCAGGGGCGUAUGAAAUGGCCCGUGGCAAUUGUAUGUCAGGAAUUGGCUAUAAAGCUUCAAAUGGAAUCAAAAUGUUCGGAUUAUUAUAUUACACGUUCUACUGUGACUGUUAUGUUAUCAGAAUAUUCGACUCCAUGUGCUACUAAUGUGGAUCAGAGAUCAUGGCUGCUGUAGCAGAUUAACCUGAUCAUUUGACUCUGCUCAUUGAUCAAAUGUCAGAUAAUGACUGGUGAUUUUUAACCACCUGUUGGCUUGUCAUAUCCAUAUUGCUUUAUUCCAUUCUGACAUUAAUAUUCAGUCUUCCUUCUUAUCCAGGCGUAUGUGGAGGAGGUGCCUCCUCAAAGCAGUGCUCCUAAGGUAGUGGUGAUGGAACAGAAUGAGGCGAACCCACCCCUAUACACAGUGCCUGAUGCCUCGCCGACCCUGCCUCUCAGGCAGCCUGAGACGUCUCAGACAGUGGAGCCUGAGGAGAGGGGUAUCUGGGGAGGAGUAGAGGAAGAGGAAAGGUACAGAGAGGGAGGGGAGGAAGAGGAGGAGAGAUGUAGAGAGGAAGAGGAGAGUGACUGCUCUGUCCUCCAACAGGACGAGAUGAACUCAUCAGUGACCAAUGGAGAGUGUUCAGAGUUUGCUGCGGCAGUGGGGACUGAGACCAGCCGCAUCCUGCCUGCCUCUGUGUUGGACCAGGCCAGUGUAAUCGCUGAGCAUUUUGUCAGCAGCCUGUCCCGGAGAGGCAGCCUGGUGGUCUCAGAGGACUUGCGUUCCCUGGGCUGCCCCUCUCCUCAGCCGGGCAGCAAGAGCAGCAGCACCCCCUGUCUGAGCACCGAGCUCCAGGAGAAGGUCCAGACCCUGGUUAACUCCACCACAGAGCCCCCACUGCUCCUGGAAGCCAACGCCUCUACGCCUGCCCCUAAACUAGACCACCUCAUGGAGGUGGAGCGCAGAUCCACUCUCUCCAAGGAGGACCGGCUACUCAUCCACAAGAUCAGGAGGUACUAUGAGCAUGCAGAGCACCAGGAUGCCAGCUUCAGCAUCAAGCGCAGGGAGAGCCUGUCCUAUAUCCCAGCAGGCCUGGUCAGACACCUGAGCCGGCAGCUCAACAGCAAACCCCAGGACCAGGCGGUUCCAGGGCACAGGAAGGUCUCCCCGAACAACCGGCCCACAUCCUGGUCAGUGUUCGACCUUCCUGGCUUAGAAAAAGAGCAGAGUACUAAUAAUACCCCUGUGCUGGAGCCACAGAAAGCUGCAGACAUCAAGCCCAGAUCCCAGAAUGUCAAUGAUGCUCCUGUUGGAGACGAGGAAGAGUUCUUCAGACCAUCCUUGGACAUGGUCCAAGUGUGGCAAGACAUGGAGAUGGAGGAGGUUAAUGGGAGCCUUGGGAAACCCAAGGGUAUCCAGGGUACAGAGGACAUUGUCCAUCCUAGAUCACAUCUAUCCUGGAAGGGGGGAACCAGCAAAGAGAGCCCUGAAGCUGAGUACAUCGAGCCCCUGAGGAUCCUGGAGGAGUCAGACAUGGGCGCUGUCUCAGAGGAAUCCCCAGCCCCAUCACCCAUCACAACCUCCCCAGACCCCUUCUCAGGGCAGAAGUCCUUCCAGAAUAAGACUCUCAAGUCCUGGGAGAGAGGCACGGUCAGUAGGGCUCCCCUCCCCAGGAUCAUCAGCCUGCGUUCAGGGGUGGAGGAGGACCUGAUCCUGCAGGACAUGGAGAAGAUGAAGAACAAGGUUUUCCAACUGGCCCGCCAGUAUAGCCAGCGCAUCAAGAACAGCAGGCCCGUGGUGAGGCAGAGGAACAGGGAGGCUGAGAACCACCUUGCCCCCAAGAACCUGCCAGCUGUCUACGAGGAGAAGGUCCAAAGGAGAGACUGGGGUAAGCUGUCAGGGAUAUGUUUUGAUGAUCCGUUAUGAUUUGAUAUGAUACUCUAAUCUGCAAGGCUAAAAUUAUCAAACUGCUGUCCCUUAUCUCUGCCCUGUCUUUCUGUGUAUGCAGGUAGGCCUAACCUGACGCUGUCACUCAAAUCCUAUGAGCAGGUGGUCGUGCAUGAGCUGAGGACCCCAAGCCCAGUCCCAAGUCUCAACUCUGGGGCCAGCUCACGGGUCACGUCCCCCUGUUCCAACAGUCCUCACAGCCCAGUGCAGACACAGAGUUUCCACUGGCCAGAUGUCCAGGAGCUACGCUCCAAAUACACUAACCCCAGGCUGGACCCUGGUUCCUCCCACCCAUCACUUGUCAGCCGUAGCUGCUCUGUCCCAGAGAGGAUGCAGUGUUGCACUGAGGGCUUCAGUACCUCAUGGAGCCCCACUGGCUACUCAUCCAGCUGCAACUGCUCCACAGACACUAACAGUGGACGAACAGACUCACUUGAGACUACGUCAUCCAUGGACCACCGGGGUGGGGGUUCUGUGGGAGAGGCUCAGCCCCAGCCCCCGCUGUGCAGGUGGAACUCUUUGGAUCACAUGCUAGGAACACUGCCUCUACAGGAGCUGCAGAACCUUCAGGAGCCAAUGAGGAGCUGUUACGUGGCUGGUCAGGCUACCCUGCCCAACGAGCACAAAGUUAUUAUAGUGGAGAGGGUUGCUGGCGAGGGGCCAGUGGAGACUGGAGGGAAGGAGCGAGUGGAGGAACAAGGAGCUAAAGGAAAGAGCAAACUUAAAAUCUCUAAAAGCCUUGACUACCAGUACUGUGCCAAGAGGUCUGCACUGACUUCAGGCAAAAAGACUGAGAGUAGUCUGGUAAAAAACCUACGAGCAAAAUUUCAGAACUUGGGUUCAAGCACAUGAACACGUAACUGUACAUGCCCUACCGAUUUGAUUGCAUUCUGUAAAUAAUGAAAUAAGCCUUCUCUUACAUAUAUAUAUAUAUAUAUAUAUAUAUAUAUGCAAUUGAUGUUGAGAAAUAUGACUAUAAAUACUGUCAGUCUAUUAGCCAGUAACUACUGCUACUGUGUUAGGAGUACCAUCUUCAUGUUCAUUUUCUACUUCCUUUUUGUCUGGUUUAUCACCUUUUCUCACAUCAGUCUCUUUUUUUCACUUCUGGUGUUACCUACAAGGGAUCUUGAACAAUCAAGAGAGCACCCCAUGGGAAA